GUAAGGAAAAGGCUGCAUUUAACACAACGAACCUGAUAAGGCACCUCAAAAACAAACACCCGACGCAAUACACAGAGUUUAACCAAACUCAGCCGAAGACGAAUCAGCUCACGCUGCAAGAGACCUUAAAGAGGAAAGAAAAAAUGCCCCGCGACAGUGAGAAGGCGCAGGGCAUCACAGCUAAGAUAGCACAAAUGAUUGCAAUGAGCGACCAGCCAUUGGCUCUUGUAGAAGACCCUGGAUUUCUUAUGCUUAUGGAGUACUUAGAGCCCCGGUAUGAAAUGCCCUCUCGCCACUAUUUCACYGAGAAAUCACUGCCAGCGCUUCAAAAUAAAAUUCAUAACAAACUGCUUGACCUGUUGUCAGACGUGCCCCAUGUUUCAUUUACCACAGACAUCUGGAGUUCGUCUGUGUCUCCCAUGUCACUACUAAGCCUCACAGCACAAUGGAUUGACUCUAGUUUUGUUUUACGUCGUGCAACCCUGCAUGCCCAGGAAUUUCGUGGAUCUCACACAGCAGAGCRCAUCCAACAGCAGAUGGAAACUAUGCUAAACAACUGGGGAAUCGAUAAGCAACGGGUCCAUGUCAUUUUGCGUGACAACGCUGCAAAUAUGAAGAAAGCCAUGGGGAGUAUGGGAGUGAGGAGUGUGGGUUGUGUCGCACAUUCUUGCCAACUCUGCGUGCACGAGGGCCUGCUUUCCCAGCGCAGUGUGACAGACACCCUGGCCAACGCGAGGAAGAUUGUAGGCCAUUUCAAACACUCACCACUGGCCUACUCUCGCCUUGAAGACAUCCAGAUGGACCUGAAAAUGGAUA